CAGCACCAGUAGUAUUAUCACUCCUAAAAAUAGGAAAACUGUUCUUUGUGUAUGUUCCUGUGAACGACGCUUUGAAGACAAAAAGCAUUAUAAUAAACGUUUUAAUAGUAAUAUGAGUAAUGUACCCAACCAAAAUGGAUCAGGUCUAGAACAGCAGUUUGCUGGUCUGGACUUGCAGGGCGGCCGUAAGGAAUCACAAGGCCGCUACGUCCCACCUCAUCUCCGUAACAGAUCCGGAGAUUCUGAUAACCGUGGGGCAAGUGAUAGCUCACACUCAAGAUCGGACUAUAACGAUAAUCGUGAUAGCCGUGACAGCCGCGAUAGUCGUGACAAUCGGGGCAGUUAUCCUAGAGGUGGCGGCUAUCGAGACAACUACAGAUCAGGUGGUGGCGGUGGUAGAAACGACUACAAUUCUGGCCGAAGAGGCGACUACUCGAGCCAGAACGGUGGUCAAGACUACCGAGACAACAGGAAUUAUGAUAGGAGGGAUCGCGGAGGCUUCGACGGCUGGCGAGACAAUGAUAGAGGUGGCCGGGACCGAGGAGGUUCUGGAUACAAUGACGAGCGCAAUGAUGGACCGCCUCGUGGAAACGAUAGAUGGCAAAAACCAGUUGAACGAAGGAACGAUUGGACUGUUCCCACCGAGCGGGAUGAGCGUUUGGAGCUUGAUCUCUUCGGCACAGGCAACACCGGAAUCAAUUUCAACAAAUAUGAGGAUAUUCCCGUGGAGGCGACGGGAAAUGAUAUCCCCCCUCAUAUCAACACAUUUGCUGACAUCCAGAUGACAGAAAUAAUCACUAACAAUAUAGCUCUAGCCCACUACGACUCGCCAACCCCUGUGCAGAAGUACGCCAUUCCAAUCAUUAUGUCUGGCCGUGAUCUCAUGGCGUGCGCCCAAACUGGGUCUGGCAAAACAGCGGCUUUCCUUGUUCCAAUUUUGAAUCAGAUGUACGUCAGAGGACCCCAGGGCUUCCCGUACAAUCACCGAGGAGAACGUCGUAAGCUUUAUCCUCUAGGUCUUGUCCUGGCUCCCACAAGAGAAUUGGCUACUCAAAUCUACGAUGAGGCUAAGAAGUUUGCUUAUCGCUCCCGGCUUCGUCCGAGUGUCGUGUAUGGUGGAGCCUAUGUUACAGAGCAGAUGAAAGAUCUGGACAAGGGAUGCCACCUUCUAGUCGCAACUCCUGGUCGUUUAGUGGAUAUGCUUGAAAGGGGUAAAAUAGUGCUUAGUAAUUGUCGGUUUUUGGUGCUGGAUGAAGCUGACCGUAUGUUAGACAUGGGUUUCGAACCGCAAAUUAGGAAUAUCGUCGAAAAUAAAAAUCACUGUAUGCCUCCAACAGGCGAGCGCCAAACACUCAUGUUCUCCGCAACGUUCCCAAAAGAAAUCCAGAUGUUGGCCAGAGAUUUCCUCGACAACUACAUUUUCCUUGCUAUCGGUCGUGUUGGAUCAACAUCCGAGAACAUUACCCAAAAGAUUGAGUGGGUUGAUGAGGGUGAAAAGAGAUCAUUCUUACUGGAUCUCCUGGCCGCCACGUAUGCCAGAGAUAUCCCAGAAGAUGAACCUGAAUCAUUGACAUUAGUGUUUGUUGAAACCAAAAAAGGAGCUGAUUACCUCAUGGAGUUUCUGAUCAACGAAGGUUAUCCAGUGACCUCGAUCCACGGAGAUCGUACCCAAGGUGAAAGAGAGGAAGCGCUUCGCCUGUUCCGUUCAGGCCAAAGACCAAUUUUAGUCGCAACUGCUGUGGCAGCUCGAGGUCUUGAUAUUCCUCAUGUGAAACAUGUUAUCAAUUUCGACCUUCCAUCCGACGUAGAGGAGUAUGUCCACAGAAUUGGUCGUACUGGACGUAUGGGCAACACUGGUGUGGCCACAUCCUUCUUUAAUGACAAAAACCGUAACCUGGUACGUGACUUGGUCGAGUUGAUCACUGAAACCAAGCAAGAACUACCACAAUGGUUGCUCUCCUACGCGCAGCAAGUCUCGUCGUUCUCCAGUUCAGCUCGCCGCUCCGGAGGAGGCAACAGCAAGGGUGGCCGCUUUGGCAGCAGCUUCGGGGCACGCGACUACCGUACAUCUGCUCAGAUGAGCUCUCGUGGGUCUCCGAUGGUGCGUCGUGAAGGCGGGAGCUACGGUGGACCCCCCAAUUACGGCGGUGGCAGCUAUGGUGGCUCAUAUGCCUCAGGCAACAGCUCAAGCCGCCCUGACUACUGGAACUAGAUGUUUUCUUCGGAGGUUUUGUUUUUGUUUGAAAAUAAACAUUAAUUGGAAUAACAGUUGCUUUCUGUAUUGAGACCUGAAAAUUUCGCAUUUUUCACAUCUUAGUCUUUGAUUUUGUGUUUGUGAAUCAAUUUGAAAUUACUCUAGCGUAAGUUGGCUUUGAUGAACACUCAUGUUUGUGGGGAUACCAUAUUUUCAAAACUGAAAAUGCACGCCGCUGUCUACCUUUUGACUUUUGUCUUUGUGGCUACAAUUUUUCUUUUCUUUUUUUGUACUUUAUGAAGCUUUGAGCGUAGCUACUUUUGCUGUUCCUUCUUUGAACCCACAACACUUUUUGGAGUUCUAUGAACUUUGUGUAUUUUCUUCACUCAUUAGAUAAUUGUUGAUUUUUUUCUUUAAAGUUUUGAGGAAAUUGAAUUCGUAGAUGAAGCGAAAUUUUCAGGUGAUCAUGUGUUAAACAAUCAUCUCUCUUGUAUGCGCAAAAAACUUCAGGGGUAAUUGCGGUUCCAUGUGGGCAUGCGCUGAGAACCAUCCAUAUUCUGCCAAUCGUUUUCUUCUGUAGACCAAAAUUAUUGAUUUUGGCUUAACACCGUUUCUCACAUAAGUGUCUUGAAAAGUCAAUUUCUAGUGAAAGAGAAAAAAUAGCAUUAGUACAGGAGCCUAAUGUUAAAAAAAAUUCUUAUGAAAAGGUGUAUUUCUGCACAUAUCAAUAUCAAGUUUUUCUCAAGCUUCUCUCAUGAACUUCCUUCUUGUUUUGAAUCAUUCCAAAAAUUCAUAAAUUCUCCAACUUUAAGACUGGGUUAUUUCUGCUAUCGUGACAAGCAAAAUCAUGUGCUCCUGGUUCGCUACGUUAACUUUCCGAGUAAAAAUGAGUCUGACUUCGUACUGCACUCAGCUAAAAUCUAACCAUUGACAAUUUCACUGCAAAAGAAACGGAUGAAUGAUGCAGCAAACCUCUUAUCCAAAUUGUUUUUAUCUUUUUCUAACAUUGAAAUGCGUUAACAAUAUGUCACUCUGCUUGUCUUAUGUUCUUUAGAAAUUGUAAGUUUCGAACAUUGUAAAUUCUUACAAAUUAUUCCAUUUUGUACUUUUACAGAUCAAAAAUUUGACGGUUAAAUUUACAUUAGUAAUCUACUUUUUUUGGAUGGUUUUCAGUCUUAAGAUGAAAUAAUUGAGUUUGGCUUCCGAGGACACAGUUGUCAGGCUAUUGUCUUAGAAUAACCCAUCCAUGGCCAUUUUUUCUUGAAUUGUAAGGAAGCUUAAUCCAUAACAGCUGGCCCAAAUUCUGUGAUUAUACAAAUAAUUUUUUGUUAGUUGACCGCCUGAAUCCUUACAAAUCUUCUCCUUAGACUCAACUGCGUGGCAGAAGUUGUUCUCGAUCAAAUCAAAGGAGAGGAAAAGUGGUACCAAAACCAUAACUGUAUUAGCGAAUGUAUGAGAGCCUCAACAAUAUUCGUAACUGCAUUUACUGUUCCUUGAAAUCAACCUAAUCAGUUAUGGGUCAAUUUAAUGUGUUUGCUUGAAACCAAAGUUUACCCCUCUUCUGUUUAUCCACUCCCAGACGUACUCUCUUUCUUGUCUGCUUAACUUAGAAUUGAAUCUUAUAAAUAUCUAUACAUACAAUUAAAUGAUAAGUUGUUAACUUAGGAUAACUCUCUUAGAGAGAAGGUAUAUCUCUAUGUUAUUUAUUUUAAUUUUAAUUAUUAACUACUAUUAUUUAUUUUAUUCUUUCUUUGUGAGCAUCCAAGUCCGUCGCCACCAGUCUCCGAUUUUUCUCUCUCCUCCUCCCACAAUUAGGAAUCAAAUUGGUUUCCUUGAUUUUUUUCCUUACAAGUCAUUUUUCUUUUGCUUUGGUCAUGUUUUAUUUAUAUCUAAGCACUUACACGAGUAAGUUAGAGGAUGCGGAGGUGUAAUAAUUUAUUAUUCACAAAGUAAUCUUAAAACACCGAUUAUUUGGUCCUCCGUAAGUUCAAUCAUGUAAUUUUCGUCUAAGUACAUAUUUUCUAAUUGUUCGGGGACUUUCUCUGUAUUUAUGUUCAUUUAUAAUUUUUUACAGUUAGCACUUUAUUAUUACUGAUAUGAAUUUAAUAUACAAAAAAUAUACAAUUAUUACAGUAAA